GUUGUGACAAACAUGGCGGCGCAGCAGCAGCAGCGCGGGAUCCCUGUGAGCACCCUCUGUCCCAAGUUCCUCCACGCCAACUCCACCAGCCACACCUGGCCCUUCAGCGCCAUCGCCGAGCUGAUUGACAAUGCGUACGACCCCGACGUCAACGCCAAGCAGUUUUGGAUCGACAAGACGGUGGUCCACGGCCAGGAGUGCCUCAGCUUCAUGGACAAUGGAAACGGCCUGAACCACGACACCAUGCACAAGAUGCUCAGUUUCGGCUACAGCGACAAGGCGGUCGUGAACGGCAUUCAUCCCAUCGGCGUCUACGGAAACGGUUUCAAGUCCGGGUCCAUGCGGAUCGGCAGGGAUGCCAUCGUGUUCUCCAAGUCCAAAGAGGCGGCGUGUGUGGGGAUGCUGUCGCAGUCCUACCUGGAGCAGAUCCAAGCCCAACAGAUCCGAGUGCCCAUCAUCAGCUUCCAGCAGAGCGACAGCUAUAUCCUUGAGUCGCCUGCAAGAGUCCGCGGCGCGGCUCACCCAGCGUCCCGUUGUGGUCCUGACCCUGCCCCACUGCGCAUCCCGGACGAGCAGCGAGCCAGUUUGGAAGACAUUCUGCGCUACUCCCCUUUCACCUCGGAGGCGGAGCUGCUCAAGGAGAUCAACAUCAUUGGGUCGGCGCUGUGCGAAGGCAACACGGGGACUCGGAUCAUCAUCUGGAACCUACGCAGAACCUCCACGUCGUCGACCGAGUACGACUUCCAGAAGGACCGCUACGACAUCCGGAUCCCGUCUGACGUCUACGAGGCCAUGAACCACCAUCCGCAGCUGCAGGACAGCCUGUCCUCGCACACGCCGCAGUGCGUCUUCUCCCUGAGAGCAUAUUGCAGCAUCCUCUACCUGAAGCCGCGGAUGCAGAUCAUCAUACGAGGCCAGAAAGUGAAGUCGCAGCUGGUGGCCAAGAGUCUGGCCCACGUCAGGAAGGACCACUACAGACCCGCCUUCUUCACCGAGAUGUCCAUUUUCAAGAAGGUCCCCAUCACGUUCGGGUACAACACCAACAGCAAGGAGCAGUACGGCAUCAUGAUGUACCACAAGAACCGACUCAUCAAAGCGUACGAGCGGGUGGGCUGUCAGAUCAAGGCCAACAACAAAGGCGUCGGCGUCAUCGGCGUCAUCGAGUGCAACUUCCUGGAGCCCACACACAACAAGCAGAGCUUCAUGGAGAACGACAAGUACAGGAAAACCAUGAACAGCUUGGCUGUCAAACUGGAGGAGUACUGGAAUGAGAUCCGCUACCGCAAGAACAAAGAGAACCCCGGAAACACCACGCCGGUGGAGGACACCACGAAGCGUCCGGAUCAGAACUGGGUCCAGUGCGACGAUUGCUCCAAGUGGCGCAAACUCCCCGACGGUAUCGACAUCAGCAAGCUGCCCUACAAAUGGUCCUGCCACCAGAACCCGGACCCCCAGUACAGGAGCUGUCAGGUGGAGGAGGAACUGGAGGAUUCGGAUGAUGAGCAGCUGUCGUACACCAAGACCUACAAGAAGCAGGAGAGAGAAGAAAAGAAGAUGCAGGAGAAAUGGCGUGUCGGGGCUCAGAGGCGCGAGGAGCCGCAGCAGGCCGAGCCCCAUCAAAGACUGGCCAGUCAGCCGCUGACCCCGCCGUCCACACCGCGCAGCUGCUGGGUCAGGUCCGAGUUCAGACGAGGAGGGGCUGCCCGGGCAGAAGACUCGCCUCAGAGUUCUCCCGCCGCCUGCAGCCCGUCCAGCAGCAGCAGCCUUCCAGUCAUCACUGAGGUCUACUCUCUGUCCGAUGUGGUGAAUCUGAAGAGAAAGGGGAAGCCCGGAGAAGAACCAGAGACGAAGAGGCUGAAGGAGAACGGGCUGCCCAUGUCGCCGGUCGUUCCUCUGAGCAGCGCUGACGACAGGGACGACGACCUCGUCAUCAUGGAAGAGUCCAGCACGCCCGUCCCCAAAAAGCCAGUGGGUGUGGGGCUGAAGAAGGUGAAGACUGAGAAAGACACGGAGGACAUGGUCCUGCAGCUGGAGUGCAGCGAUGAUGUGGACGCGGGCAGGGAGGAAGCCCCCCAGCUCUCCAGCGCCACCACUCAGACUGAAGUCCCUGUGGUCAAAGAGGAAAGCACGCAGGCGCACGGCGCAGCACAGGCGGGUGCGGAAUGUUCCGGCGGGCGAGUGGAGAACCCGCCAGGCACGUCUCUCCAGAAGGGUGUCGGCUGUGCAGAUGCAAGGACUGAAUCUGGGCCUUCGUCAUCCACAUUCAGUCAUCUGGAGGAGCUGCAGUCGCAGCAGGACCAGCUGCUGGACCUCAUGACAGCCACGGCUAAAGAGAGGGACCAGUACAAGGAGGAGGUCCACCGCCUGACGUGUCAGCUGCAGGAGCUGCAGGCUUCCGUCCAGGUCAAGACCGAGCCCGUCCCACCCGAGGAGCAGAUGGACUACAAGAGUCUCUUGGAGAAGGCCAACCAGAAGGUGGACGAGCUGAUCCAACAGAAACAGACCUCGACGGAGCUGCUGGAGCGGGGGACUCGGGAGCGGGAAGACCUCCAGGCUCAGGUGGACCAGCUGGAGGAGGAGAAGGCCGCUCUGCUCCUGCAGUGCGAGGAGCUGAGAGAGAGGCCUGGAGCCAGCCCUGAGCCCGGGAGCUCCUCGGGAGGAUCAUCCGAGUCGCAGCAGCACAACUCGUUCCACAGUCUCGUCGAGCUGCGUCACAACAUCGGCCGCCUCCUGGUCAAGCACGCGCCUGACCUGGACCUGGACCUGGAGCAAGUCAACUACGAGUGUAACGUGAUCGAUGAGAUCCUGGAGCAGUACCUGAGUCAGGCCCGGUUGUGGGACUGAAGCCAGAGCCUGCAGCUGCUGACCCAUGUUUUACAUGUGCAUCUCACCGCGUCGGCUUUGUUUUACCGUUUCCCUUCAACUUAGUUGGAACCCCAAUCAUGUCCUGCUCAGCAUCUGAAGAUAAUAUUUUUCCUAAUGACAUGGAUGGAUGUUUGUAAAAAAAAAAGAAGCGUGACUUUGACUUUUUUAUCGUUGGAGUUUCCUAACCGUGAAUAAA